AUGGCCUCCAGCGUGUGCGGGACAGGUACGGCCAAAGAGUGCAAUGUGGCGACCCCGAUGCCGGGGGUGGAGAUGGUGGGCGAGGGCUUUGACGUGGUCCACAUGCGUGGGACGGGCACCUGGGUGGUGGAUACCCGGUCCUGGCAGCUGCCGGAUGGGGGCUGCACACUGUGCCACAACGAUCAGCUGGAGGGCAAGCGUCAGCGGCUGCCCCAAGCCGUGAAACACUGGCAUUCGGCGACGGACUGUCGGCGUUACCUGUCCGGCCAGACCUUCAAUUCAGCGGGGGAGGUAAGCGCGUCGGAGAGCAGCGGGCUGGACAGCAGCUGGAGCUCCCACCUGGACGUGGCGAACAAGGAUAUGUCUGCCGUGGUCUCUGCUGCCGGCUCGCUCUCCCAGCAGACCGAAUUUGCCCGGCAGAAGGCCUCCAGCGACCGCUACAGUUUCAGCCGCCUGUCCUUCAGCUGCCGCCUAUACAAGGCGCGGUUGGGCCACCAGCCACCACUGCAUCCGCACCUGGAGCAGCUCCUGCGCACCCUGCCCAGUACCGGUGGCACCAGCGAAGCCGACUUCCUCUACAGCAGCUUUCUGCGCACCUUCGGCACCCACUAUGUGGUGGCCGUAGACCUGGGUGGCGCCUACACUGACCUCACCGCCCUCCGCACCUGCCAGAUCGCCCUCAACGGGCAAACCCUGGAUGAGGUGAAAGACUGCCUGAAGUCGGAGGUGCUGAAGAAGAUGACGGGCAAGGUGGACUCUGACACCAAGGUGGACUCUGACACCAAGGGGCCAAACUGCAACCAAGACCGCAGCAAGAUGGAGGGCAAGCUGACCUUCCACCAGACCUACAGCGAACGCCUCACGGAGGUGACGGGCGGCAGCCCAGGCAGCAUGGACAACCUCUUCAACCCCUCUUCCUCCUCUGACUCCUUCUACCUCUCCUCCAAUUCCUCCCUCUCUACCUCCUCUGAUUCCUCCCCCUCCUCCAUCUCCAACCCCCCCUCCAAAGACUCCUUAUCUUCCUCCAACUUCGUCUUUACCUCCGAUGACUCUUCUGACCCAGACUCUCCCUCCAACUCCAAACAUUCCUCCAUCUCCUCCUCCUCCAACUCCCUACCUUCCUCUGACACCGACUCCUCUUCCCCCGGCGGCUCUUCGGCCUACACCUCCUGGUUAGCCUCGCUGCCCGCGCACCCUGGGGUGCUGCGCCGCACCCUGGAGCCGCUCCACCUGCUCCUGCCCUCCAAAGACCCGCGGCGGGAUCUGCUGAAGGCGGCCAUCGCCCGCCACCUCCUGCAGGCGGGAGGGGAGGCGAUGAAGAAUCAAUGCCCCGGGGUCGGGACCGAGCCGUGCCCGGCGGGCGGCCGCACUGACCCGAGUAGGCCCUGCAGCUGCCGUUGCCAGGGGCAACCGGGGUUGAGCGCCGCCUGCUGCCCCCUCCGGCGGCGCUGGGGGACGCUGCAGGUGGAGGUCCAGCGGGCUCGCGGGCUGUGGGGCGACUGGUUGUCGCAGACCGACGCCUAUGUGCGCCUGCGCGUGGGGCCGGCGGGAGGCGGGGCCGACAUCGCCACCGGGUCCACCGACGUCAUUUCGGACAACAACCCCGUGUGGAACGUCACCCUGCACCUGGGCCAGGUGAGUCUGGCCGCCAGCGACACCGAGCUCACCGUCGAGGUGUGGGACAGCAACAGCUUCUGGGCCGACGCGCUGCUCGGCUCGUGCCAGGUGCACCUGUCCUCCGGCCACCGCGACCACGUGUGUAGCCUGAAGCACGGUAGCCUCAACUACUCGCACACCCUCACCUGUGGCCCACACCUGGGCGGCGACCUGUGCCAGGAGUACAUGCCCGGCAGAUGGCCAACACUGAGCAACUGGGAAUUUCUGGACAUCGCCACCGGGUCCACCGACGUCAUUUCGGACAACAACCCCGUGUGGAACGUCACCCUGGACCUGGGCCAGGUGAGUCUGGCCGCCAGCAACACCGAGCUCACCGUCGAGGUGUGGGACAGCAACAGCUUCUGGGCCGACGCGCUGCUCGGCUCGUGCCAGGUGCACCUGUCCUCCGGCCACCGCGACCACGUGUGUGACCUGAAGCACGGUAGCCUCACCUACUCGCUCACCCUCACCUGUGGCCCACACCUGGGCGGCGACCUGUGCCAGGAGUACAUGCCCGGCAGAUGAGGCCCUACCCGCCUCGCUCUGCCCCCGCAUCCUCCCCUCCCUCACCUGCAGCCCGCACCUGUGCCAGGAGUACAUGCUCU